UGUACAUACGUUGAGGUUGGGGCUGUGUUCCGUGUGUGUUUUUAUCUCUUUAAUAGUGCAAAAACGAGGAGAAUUUGAAGUCCAUUUCUUAUCGGAAAACUAAAAAGGAAAAUGGAAGUUAAGGAGCUGAAAGUGAACAAAACUCUGCCUUAUGAUGCUUCUUUGCUCAGGGUCAAUUUCUCACUGUCUCAAAUCAAUGAGAUCGCUGCGAGCAUUUCCCAGCGCUCCACUGUCAGCGGCACCAAUGAAGUAGCUUGGGCCUUGAAAGCUUUAAUGCUGACGGAUCUGACCACAUUGGCUGGCGAUGACACUGCCGCAAAUGUGCGACGACUUGUCGUUCGCGCCUGUCUUCCCUUCGAGCCGCAGUUGUUUGACAAAUUCUUUGAGCCCACACUUCUGCCGGAUAUCCACUGUGCCGCCGUUUGUGUAUAUCCAGCACGAGUUGCUGAUGCUUACAAGACAUUGCAGCAGUAUGGUAAAUUGGAUGAUAUAUCCAUUGCCGCUGUCGCCACCGGAUUUCCAACUGGCCAAUAUGAUUUGCAGACCCGACUGCAGGAGAUCAACCACGCCAUUCUGGCCGGUGCCACAGAGAUUGAUAUUGUUAUCAACCGGCCAUUGGCGCUGGGCGGUGAUUGGGUGGGUGUCUAUAAUGAGGUGGUGCUAAUGCGCAAUGCCUGCGGUACACGUGCCCAUCUGAAGACCAUCUUGGCUGUUGGUGAACUUGGCUCCAUGGAGAAUGUGUAUAAGGCUUCCAUGGUCUGCAUGCUGGCGGGUGCAGAUUUCAUUAAGACUUCCACCGGCAAGGAGGCCGUAAAUGCCACGCUGCCCGUUGGCCUGGUCAUGAUAUUUGCCAUACAGGAGUUCAGGCGACGCACUGGCCAAAUUGUGGGCCUAAAGCCAGCCGGUGGUGUGAGGACUGUCCGGGAUGCCAUUGCCUGGAUGACACUAGUUAAGGAGACGCUUGGCAUGCACUGGUUGCAGUCCGAACUAUUCCGUUUUGGAGCAUCGGGUUUGCUGGAUGAUAUUGAAAAAGUUGUACGCAACGGCGUCGCCAAACUGGAAAAGGCUUAGAACUCAAAUUUAGCACACUUAAUUACAUACCAACGACUCAGGAAGCUUUCAUGAGUGUAUAAUUGGCAGAUUAGAAUCAAAUACUCAUUAUAAAGCAACUAAAAUGUUACAGGACUCAACAAAAUGCAUUUUUAUACAAGUAUUUUAACUAGCAAAAAUAACCGCAACUUCACUUUCUAUACAGUAUGAUGUAAAAUGUUUAAUUUAAUUUCAAAGCUUUUAAUAUGCUUUAAUUGUCGAUUUUAUGUUGUGCAAAACUUUGAGCCUUGAGUCAAACCAAGUGCUUAAAUAAAUUAUCUUCCUUUCGUGUUA